AUGUCAGCCCAUAAGGCCUCCGGGGCCUUUACCUUCGAUCGCGUUUUCGACAUGAACUCCCGCCAGGCCGACGUCUUCGACUACUCCAUCCGCCCCACCGUCGACGAUAUUCUGAAUGGAUACAACGGAACAGUCUUCGCCUACGGGCAGACAGGAGCGGGAAAGUCGUACACCAUGAUGGGUAGCGAUAUGGACGAUGAGGUUGGCAAGGGAGUCAUCCCGCGUAUCAUCCAGCAAAUCUUCGCAAGCAUUCUGGCAUCGCCGAGCAACAUUGAAUAUACCGUCCGCGUCAGUUACAUGGAGAUCUACAUGGAGCGCAUCCGCGAUCUUUUGGUUCCCCAAAACGACAAUCUGCCGGUGCACGAAGAGAAGAACAGGGGAGUCUACGUCAAGGGUCUGCUGGAAGUAUACGUUUCGAGCGAGGAAGAAGUCUACGAGGUCCUCCGAAGAGGUGGAUCUGCACGAGCGGUCUCAGCUACCAACAUGAACGCCGAAUCCUCGCGAUCGCAUUCCAUCUUUGUUGUAACGGUCAACCAGAAGAACGUCGAGACCGGAUCAUUGAAGAGCGGACAGCUCUUCUUGGUCGAUUUGGCUGGUUCUGAGAAGGUCGGCAAGACCGGAGCGAGUGGACAGACGCUGGAGGAAGCAAAGAAGAUCAACAAGAGUUUGAGUGCCUUGGGCAUGGUCAUCAACUGCUUGACCGACAGCAAGACGCAACAUAUCCCCUACCGAGACUCGAAGCUCACACGUAUUCUCCAAGAAUCGCUCGGUGGUAACUCCCGGACAACUCUAAUCAUCAAUUGUUCGCCAAGUAGUUACAACGAUGCCGAAACGCUGGGCACACUUCGAUUCGGUAUGCGCGCAAAGACUAUCAAGAACAAGGCCAAGGUCAACGCCGAACUCAGUCCGGCUGAGCUCAAGGCCAUGCUCAAGAAGGUACAAGGACAAGUCACGUCGUACGAAACCUACAUCGGUUCGCUCGAAGGCGAAGUUUCGCUUUGGCGUGGAGGUGAAGCCGUCCCCAAGGAGAAGUGGAUACCGCCUCUGGAGACUAGUCCGUCUUCAGGCAGAAAGCCAGCGACAACGCCUCGUCCGGGAACGCCAUCGAGACUGGAAGGUGUGAGAAACUCGGAAACGCCACGACCUGAUUCGCGAAUGGACCUGGAACGCGCAGGUACACCCAGCAUACCACUAGACAAGGACGAGAAGGACGACUUCUUGCGAAGAGAGAACGAACUCCAAGACCAGGUUGCCGAGAAAGAAUCACAGCUUGCCAAGGCUGAGGACCAACUCAAGUCUGCCAAAGAGGAGCUUCAAUACUACAAAGACCGGGACGCGAAGACGAACAAGGACAAUGAGCGAAUCACUAUGGAGCUCAACGAGAUGCGCAUGCAGGUUGAGAAGAUUCAGUUUGAGAGCAAGGAGGCGCAAAUUACCAUGGACGGACUGAAGGAAGCCAACUCGGAGCUGACCACCGAGCUGGACGACGUCAAGCAACAGCUCCUGGACGCGAAGAUGAACGCCAAGGAGACUUCUGCCGCUAUGGACGAGAAGAAGAGGAAGAAGGCCGAGGCAAUGGCACAAAUGAUGGCCGGCUUCGAUCUCGGCGGCGAGGUGUUCAGUGACAACGAGCGUACGAUACGGAAGAUCAUUGAGGAGCUAGACCAGCUCCACGACAUGAGCGCAGCUGGCGAGGCGAUUGCUCCGGAUGCGAUCAAGGGCCUGCGGGAGAAGAUUGUCGAAACACAGGGCAUUGUCCGACAAGCCGAGCUCUCCCUUACUGCCCGCAGUGAGGAGGACAACACAUAUGCCAAGCGCCGCGAAGCACUGGAGGCACGCUGCGAGACCUUGCAGACGCAGUACGAGGAACUUCUCGAGGGCAACCUUUUAGAGCAAGACAAGGAGGAGCUCAAGGCACGCCUUGCCGACGCCUACUCUGCCCGACAAGAAGGCAACCUCGAACUUGUCGAAAGUCUCAAGCAGGACACUGCACGUAUGCUGGAAGAGAACCAGAAGCUCAAGGCCGAGAACGAAAGCCUGCAACAGCGCAUUAAGAGUGGCGCUAUUGCCAACGGUGUCGCCAACGGCAUCAACGGCAAGACUGUGCAACAGCAGAUUGCCGAGUUUGACAACAUGAAGAAGAGCCUCAUGCGCGAUCUCCAGAACCGCUGUGAACGAGUGAGCAGACUGAGCUUCUCAAACGAAGACGCAUUGCUAAUAAGCCACAGGUUGUCGAGCUUGAGAUUUCGCUAG